AUGAUGGAUUCCUGGAACUUUUCUUUGCCAAGAUACCUCUUCACUAUUUUGCUUCUUCAAGUGAACAUAUGGAUAUCAGAUUCCUUCUUGGUGAUUGGACCCUCAGAACCUGUUGUGGCCAUGCUGGGUGCUGAGACUGUCUUACCCUGUCGUGUGUCACCAGCCAUGAGUGUAGAGAACAUGGAGCUGCGGUGGUUCCGGUCCCAGUUUUCAGAGGCUGUGUAUGUGUAUCAGGAUGGAGUGGAGCAGGUGGAAGAACAGCUAGUAGAUUAUAAGGGGAGAACAGAGUUGGUUAAAGACUACAUCACUGAGGGAAGAGUAGCUGUGAGAAUCUACAGUCUCCGGGUCUCAGACAAUGGGAUAUAUAAGUGUUUAUUUAAAAAAGACAAUGAUUUUGAAGAAGCCACGUUGGAAUUAAAGGUAAUAGGUCUGGGUUCUGGUCCUUAUGUUUCCAUUGUGGGUCCAGAAGACAGAGGUAUAAGGCUGAGAUGCACUGGCAAAGAGUGGUUUCCUCAACCUGAGAUACAAUGGAAAGAUACAAAGGGAGAGAAAAUACUAUCUCUGUCUGAGAAGGAUGCCCAAGAUGAAGAUGGAUUGUACCAGGUAGAGGCGUCCAUCAUUGUUAAAGACAUAUCAAACAGAGAAGUAUCCUGCUCCAUGAAGAACCCUUUCUUUGGACAAGAGCAGGUAGAAACAAUUUCAAUUCCAGAACCCUUUUUCCCUAGGUACUCUCCAUGGAAAAUAGCAUUUGCUGUGACAUUUCUUAUUCUUGGAAUUUUCAUGGUUGCUGCUUUAUUCUUGGCAUGGAAAGGACAACAGGAAAAGAAGAAAGCAUGUAUAAUUAAGGAAGAAAAAGAAAAUGAAACAAAAGAGAGAGAAUCACUUGAAAAUGAGAUGUUACAAAGAAAAGAAUUAUAUAAAUCACACUGGAGAAAAGCACAGAUAUAUGCUGAUUGGAGAAAGGAACAGUUCACAGCAGUGAAUGUUUCUCUGAAUCCAAGUUCAGCUCAUCCCAGCCUCAGAGUAACUAAAGAUGAAAAACAAGUUUCAAUGUCUAAUGCUCCUCAGAACUCUGAUACUUCCACAGUUCCAGGGCAAGAGGAAUUGGAUUCCCUAUGCAGUGUACUGGGAAGGAAUUCUUUUACAGAUGGAAGACAUUAUUGGGAAGUAGAAGUGAAAGCAAAAGUAGGAAUUGGUACUAGAUGGAGUGUGGGAGUUUGCUCAGAUACAGUGAAGAGAUCUGGGUGGUUUAUAGAAUGCCCAGAGAAAAAUUUCUGGGUAAUAGGAUAUGUUGAUGGAAAAUUUAAGGUUUUCACAAAUUCAUCUGAGUCUCAAUCACUGGAGUAUCAGCCCAACAGGAUUGGAGUUUUCUUCGACUGGGAUGGUGGUGAUGUGUCCUUCUACAACAUGGAUGAUGGGUCUCACAUCUAUUCUUUCACUAACAUCACCUUCUGUGGGAGCAUCCACCCUUAUUUUAGCCUUCAGGGUGAAGUCAUAUUUUUGAUCCCUAGAUUAGAUUCAGCUUCUCCUAAUUCUUCUCUAAAAGCAUCUCAUUUAGACAGUAAUAAAAUGGAUCACUCAGAAGAAACUAAAUCUCUAGUUUCAUCAUCAUAA